UGGCAAAAUAGGGACUUUUUUUAACCAUUAAAUACUAUUAAUACUUUUUUUGUUCAAAAACUAGCCCUGAUAUAUUAAUAAAAUAAGGUCCUCAGCAAGAUGGCUACACUACUGCGCGAAAUUGCGGGGUCCUGGUAAAAUGACGCAAGCCAUAGUUUACGUUCGGUGUAUUGGUAACACGGAUCCCAGCCACACUCCAUAGCGCUAGCUCCCGCCCGAGUGUCCGCGUGAGGCUUGGCAAAUCUUAAGUGGACCGAGCGGAUCCGGUUCAUUAAAGUGAGAGUGCCAUGAGGAGAGCAGCCAGAGAGUGAGGCGAUGGGCUGCACCUCGGCUAAGCAGGUGUCGGCCGUGCCCAGUGAUGAGGAGGGCCGGGGCAAGGCCUACAGCAACGGAGACCUCUUCACCGAUGAGUACAAGAUGAAAGGAGUAGAGGAGGUGAAGUACAUGCGUGGAGAUGAGGACAGGGUGAAUGCACGCAACCAGGAGAACCUGGAGAAGAGCUCUGUUCAGUACAGAGGGAAACAGUACAAAGAUGGCUCUGGAGCCAAUGCCAACAGGACAAAUAUCCACACGUCAGAGAGCCAGCAGGAGUUUUUCCGGAUGUUGGAUGAAAAGAUUGAGAAGGGACGGGACUACUGUUCAGAGGAGGAGGAGGUGGAGGUGGAGGAUGGGACAUAGCACACUGGCCCCUACUCAAACCGCUACAGAGCCUCCAUGAGUGUGUAUGGUUGCAUGUGAGAGACAACUGAACUGUUUCUGUGUUGUGGGUAUGUACGUUUGACUGCCUUGUGAUUCUGUGUUUUUUGCACGUGUGAGUGUGUGUGUGUGUGUGUGUGUGUGUGCGAUAGAGAGAGAGAGAGAGAGAGAGAGAGAGAGAGAGAGAGAGAGAGAGAAAGAAAGAGAAUACUAUCCUCAAAAACAUUUGCCUCCUUGGUCCUCAUCCCAUUGGGUCCCUGGUGGGAUGGCUGGAGGGAGACAAACGAGGAGACAGGCAGACAUGUGGACUCACUGCAACCAGCCUGUAGGACUAUGGAGAGACCCUCCCCCACCCCUCUACAAAAACUACCAGCCCUGUCAACUGUUCCUGGUCCUGCUGUGUAAAUCACAUGACGUUAACAUGGAGAAGGAGGACAAAAUAAUCCAGAGCAUUAUGGGAGUUGGAGUCUGGGAAACACCCUCCUGGUUUCCACCUUCCAUGACCCAGGCUGUUGGGCUUCGCCCAAGAGGAACAGAGAUGGAGAUAAACGGGCACUUCCAUAACCCCACCAGAGACUGGGGCUCACUGCUGGAGUUGGUGAGACAGAGGAGCCAGGAGAGGCAAGGGCAAAGGGAAAAAGAGAAAAACUAGAUAUUUUAAUAAGAGAAAGAAAAGGUUGUGAGUUGGUUAUUUUAAAGCUCUGAACUUCUGCCUUUUGAAGGACCUUUUAUUUUGUUGAUCCAGUUGAGUUUUUUUGGGGGGGCUUCUAUCAUAAUGCAUCACUUCCCUCCACAGGCUGCUGUAGUGGUCUAUACUGUAAGUCAAAGUUCUGUGUCUAUACAACCUGCCUCUUAAAUAUCCCCUGAACACUAAUAUACCACACCCUGGUUACCACACCCUGGCUAGGUAAAACUCAACACAUUCGCCGCACACUAUACAUCAUAUUUAUAGAUGCAGACAAAAAUGCAGACACACAUGAACACAGAAUACGCAGAUAUGGACAGAAAUGCACAGAUGCCAUUGUAUUCCUGCCAUUUCAUUAGCCAAGUGUAUGUAUGUUAAUAGGCUGUGGCAUUGGGGGGUUUGGCUGAAUGUUGUAAUCAGCAGCUCUGGGUUGGUUAGUUUCUACUGCUGGACUUAUUCAUGUGCACCUUCAGUGUUCAUUACUCUGUUCUGUGCAUUGGUAGCUCAGACCCCACUUCUCUUCAUUUCAGUUGAAGCUUACUGGCCGAGUGGAGUCACCUUGUGUUGAAGCGCACACACCCACUCUCACACACACACACACUCACACACACACACACACACAGUCUUUAAUGGACUGAGAAUUGAGAUUAAAGAAAAACAGGUGUGGUUGCCUGGGAGACACAGCCCAGAUCAGUCUUCUUGUCAUCAUCAUUACUGGAUCUUUUUUUUUCAUUAGGUUUUCAUAACUUUUUGUUUUUUUAUUAAAAAUAAAAACAGGAGCUGUUUA